AUGGUGCGACUGAAGAAACCCCCUGUGAAGACGGGAUCCUCUGGUGUGGACGUGAACACCGAACAAUGUCCACGCAUGACCGAUGUCGACAGCUCACGGAUUAAAAGUGGACAACCGUCUUGUGGGAAUCCUGUUCGGACUCGAGGUUCCAGGAAAGCAUCGGUUGCGUCCCCCAAAUGGCGAAGUAUCAGAGCCGUCAGAAGAAGUAGUAGAAAAACCGGAUCUAAUAGUCGAAUCACGCGAAUCAAUCCUCCGCCAAUAUUGAACAGCAUUCAACUAAGACCGAGACGUCCCGUUGCAUCCGCAUGUAGGAAGGAAGUCAAGAAACGUCGAUGUCCUAAACCUUCUCACCUUUCUGUGAAAGGCACUACCACAAAGAACCAUGGUAGACCACUGCAAUCUACAUCGCAUGUUGCGCGCUGUAAACCUCCAUCUCACGACAUACCAACAGAUGUGCCUGACCAUACAUGGAAAACACAAGGUGUUGUAAGUGCCCGAAAAAGCGGAGCUGGCCGGAAACGAGCAUCAUCUACAGUUCUCAAAAGUUGCAGACUAAGUGGCAAUCACACAAAGAGCCCUUCCUCGAAGAAGUCGGUGAAGAGGGCAACUUCCACGCGUAAAGGAGAUGGAUCGCGGAUCUCCACUGCAGCUAGCGAUAGAGGUGAAGGUAUUACUCCGGCACUGGUCCGUGCUAAAGAAUUUCCAACCAAGCCAAAGAUUUGUUCCGUCUCCAGGGAACAAAAAUCAACAGAAGGUGUGGUGACUAAUCAAAUGAAAAAAGACGGACCAGAGUUGAAGGAGGCGAUACGACUAGAGAAGGGCAAACAAAAGUUGGAAGAACGAGAAGGAAACAAAGCGGAGAGGCUACCAAAAAGUGGUGUGAGGCCGAAUUUAUCUCGAAGGAAAGAUGUUCGCGAGCAGGAGAGGAAGAGGAACCUACCGAGAAAUUUGCAGGCUAUGGACAAAAGAAUGAAGCUCGACAGCCAUUCGGAGAAUUUCAGUGCAAAGUUGGCGAAAACGUUCAUUCCAAGCCCGUGUAAUAGCUUGCUCCCUUUUGUCGACGUUAGCAUUUUCUGGAGGAUUUUUGUUCCAGGAGAGGUCUUCUUUGGGCGAUGGCUGGUCUUAGAUGAAGUUCCAUCACAUCGGUAUGGUGUAAUAGCAUACCUCGUUGUCGAAGAAGGAGAUGCUGCCGCCCAGCAAUCGGAGAGAAAUCGCUCUUCCAUGUUCCAAACGAUUGUUGAAGCUCGUUUCAUAGAUGCGGCUCCGCAAUCUCCUCCAUUCUUCUAUGCCAUAGUGUUGCUGCGUGAUUCUAUCUCGCUUCAUGAUUUAUGGCACGCUUACCCUCAUCCUCCACAGGGAACUCUAGAAACGAAGGCGUGGAGCAUAGGAACGGUUGGUCGUCUGGCAGCCGAUAUUCUCACAAUCAUAGAACUGGUUUACGAAACAGGCUACACCUUUCGGAAUGUCGAUAUGUCUCACUUCCACCUAGAUAUAAGGAGUCGUCGCUUGUAUCUGAACAAUGCAUCUGAAGUUGCCAAAAGUACAGAACUAAUGGACUUGAAGGUAAAGAACGAAGAAGUUCUGUUUCAUAAUCACUGGCGUGGUUGUCCAGAAUUCGCGCCUCUCAGUUGGCACGAAAACGGAAAGAGUGAGUGA